UUCAAGUUGGCUCUAAAGUAACGGCUCAAUUUUUUUACCGUCAUGCAAAAUUUUGUGCUUCUCACCACAUCUUUAUGAUUGUUCUGGAAAUCUUCAUAAUCUUACUUUUAUGUUACCCCGCUUUCGAUGUUUAUUACUUGAAUCCCGUCAAAAACGAUAAUCAAGCAUUUUUUUGUGAGGUAUCUCCAUCUGAGCCACAAGUCUUGAAAAAAACUUUUGCUGACAACUGCGGAACUCGGCCUUUAUUUUACGUAGAGCAAGUUAUCAUAAAGAUAGCUAACUUAGGGGAAAAUAACAAAGGUGAAAAUGCUAGUGUUUUGGAAAAAAAUUUACUGUUAUGGAUUUUAGGUUUGCAAGAAAGAAUCGAGAAUACUAUUAUAAGAAAUCCUAGUCUUUCCUCGUCAGUUGCCCCUUCAACUUCUAUAAAAUAUACCCUUUCAGAUAUAUGCUUUAAACCUUUUAAUAGUAACACAUGUUUGAUUCAUUCACCACUUGAUUAUUGGUCGAAUAAUGCCAAUCAUCUUUCUUCUGACCCUUCUAUCCAAAAAACUCUUUCAUUGACAAACACAAUAUAUCUUGGAAAAUUCAUUCCUUUGAAUUCUGUCUUUGGAAACGUCGUGUAUGAGGGAAGAAAAAUCAUUAGUGCAGACUCGAUAAUUUUAACUUAUUUUUUGAAAGAAAUUGAAGAUUAUAACAAAGAUUUGACAAUUUCCAUUUGGGAAGAGAUUUGGAAACAGAUUAUAAACGAUGUAAACACUAGCUUUUUCUUUGGUGAUGAUCCCAUUAAAAAGAAUAUGUUUAUUUUAAUGGAUGCUGUAGCAAUGAUCCCCACUCAUCUGGGUGUAAAAGAACGUAUCGCUCAAGGUCUUGAAAAAAUAGGAUAUAUUAUUACAAAAACACUCGUAAUUUGGCUCAUAAUGUUGUUGAUAUGCUCAGCGACAAAUAUAGAUUCAAUCAAAGAAUUUUGCAUUUUUACUUCAAUCGCCAUGAUUAUCACCUAUAUUCUACACAUGUCCUUUUUUGUAACGGCUUUAUCUAUUGAUCUUAAAAGAUCAGAAUUGGAG